CAGACUUUGCAGCAGAGUUCGGGAAAAACACAUUCUGCCGAAGCCCUGGCUGUUACCACCUCACAGUGCCGGAUGCCAUUUGCACAGAACAAUCCCACCCGGCUGGCUUCCAGCUGCUCCAUCGCCUUUCCCCCCCGGCUCUUUCCCUCCCCCGCCUGCGGUACCACCAGCCCGGCCCGGCUCCUCUCAACCCGGGGCAGCGCAGUAGGAACACAAAAGCACUGCGAGGUCACCUCAGUCACAACCGCAGCGACCCGGCCCUUUCCCGCCACUCUCUCCCUCAGGUAGCAUUGAGGAAGGGUUUAGCUGAGAAACAUGGAAGUCUUGGUGUUACAGAUUGAAGAUCCAGGUUGCUUUUGGGUUACUAUUAAAGGAUGUGGACCUUACACAGUUGAUGAAAUAGAAUACGAAAACCUGAAGGCUGAAAUGAAUCGGUUCUAUAACAAAUCUUCUGAAGAGAUGGAUGAAGUAAAACCACUAGCAGUAGAAGAAGGCCAGGUUUGUGUGGUGUUCAGUGAGGAACUCAGAUGUUGGUGUAGAGCGGUUAUUAAGUCAAUCAUGUACUGUACAGAUCAUUAUCAAACAGAAUGUUUUCUUGUGGAUUAUGCCAAAUACAUUUUUGUUAAAUCAAAGGACAUUCGAGUUGCCCUGGAAACAUUUAUGCAGAUCCCAUAUAGAGCAAAGAAGUGUAGACUGUAUGGCACAAAGCCAGUGACAUUACAUAUUGAUUUUUAUGAAGACACUGCAAAAAUCAUACCAGCCAAAAGAUGGGACAGUGCUGCUACUCAAUAUUUUCAGAACCUUCUCAAAGCAACUACUCAAAUGGAAGCCAAGUUAUGUGCUGUAGAAGGUAACACAUUUGAUGUUUUCCUUUAUGCUACAAUAAAAGGUGAAAAGGUAUGUGUUAAUGAUGAUCUUGUCACAAAGAACUUUGCUCGUUUUGAGGAAGCUGAAGAGAAUUCAAGGAGUUCUGCAGAUCAUCAGGAGAAACAAGCAUCACUGAAUGUUGAAUCUUCUCCAGUGGAAAGUGUUAAACCUACGCUUGCUUUCAGGCCAGUUCUGUUCCAGGAGAAGAUACCAAAAAAUCUUGAAACAGGUCUUGCUGGGUCCAGUUCCUUUCCUGAAGAGAUACACCAAAGAUCAGGCACAGAUCUAAAUGGAAGUCCUGCAUCUAUUUUUCAAAAUCUUUGUGAAGAAAGAAACUUUGUCUUUCUUAGCAAUAAAAUUGAGCCAUCAUCAGUUCUGGAAACAACACCACUUUUUGAUCGUCUGAAAAAGGAACUUGCUCGGAAAAAGUUUUCAGGUCCAAACUUCACAGAAUCUUACUGUUGGCCGCCAGUAGCUCGAGGAUGUGAUGUAGUUGCUAUAUCAUACCAGGGAAAUGAUCCUUUUUUAUAUAUUCCACCAGUUCUUACAUUUUUGCAGUCAGAAGAUUGCUACAAAGCCUUGCCAAGAGCAUGUGGACCACUAGCACUUGUUUUAUGUCCUGGGUGGAAGAAGGCAAAGCUUGUUUUUGAACUACUGAAAACGUAUGAGAGAUGCUCCAGAUGGCUUCAUCCAAUGUUGGUAAUACUUGGGCAGAACAAAGAAGAAGCUGCAAGUAUGAAAAUCCAAGGAUGUGAAGUAAUGGUGACUACACCAUAUAGCCUCCUGAGGCUGUUUGAACAUCACAGUUCAUUAUUUUGUAGACUUUGCCAUCUUGUUCUUGAUGAGACUGAAGUACUGCUUUCUGAUGCUGCUGAACAGGUUUUUACUAUAUUAGAUUAUUAUAAGAAAUCUGUUACUACUGAAGCAUGGGAAUACUCACCACGUCAGAUUAUUGCUGUUGGGACUCACUGGAAUAAACAUGUAGCACAUGUGAUGAAGGAUUUCAUGAAUGAUCCUUAUAUUGUGAUAACAUCUAUGGAAGAAGCUUCCAUCUGUGGAAAUGUUCAACAGGUCAUACAACCUUGCACAAACAGUGGGAGAAUUGCUGUGUUACUCCAAGCACUGGAUUUUAUCCACAGUAACAUUCAGAAGGUACUGAUAUUUGCUAAUACAGCAAAUGAAGCAGAGAUGGUCCAUGAGGUACUGAAGAGCAAUUCAAUAUUUACCUUGAAAAUACAUAAAGAAAGCAAGCUUGAUUUGAAGUAUAUUUUAGAGCAGUGGACAGAAGAAUAUAGGCGUGGCACUCAUGUUGUGCUAGUUUUAACAGAUGACUGUGUGCAGUCUUUGGGAAUCACUGAUGCAACAUGUGUGAUACAUUUCAGUCUGCCUUCUCCAGGAGCCUUUGGUCAGCGUCUGUGCUGCAUGUCUGACAACUUCUGCAAUGGGAUAAAGUAUUCUUCUGUAGAUCAGAAAUACCCUAAGUCAAUCAUUCUGCUAACAGAAGACAGCACGUCUGAUACACUUGGGAUCCUGCACUAUUUGCAGCAUGCAGAGGCUGAAAUUCCACCAGAACUUCAUGAUUUUACUGCCAAAAUACUACAGGCUGAAGAAGAUAAGAAAUUUUCAAGGCCAUUGUGUGCUUAUCUUAAAACAUUUGGGAUAUGCAGGAAUAGAACAGUGUGUCCAGAUCGUCAUCAAAUUAAUUUACAAAUAGAUGUACCCCAGAAUAUACCAGAUAAACAAGUGUCUGGCUGUGUGACAAUACUGCCUCUUCACAUUGUAAAUGCAACAAACUACUUUGGUCGAAUAGUAAAUAAACAAAAGGACCAGUAUACAAUUCUGGCUGAAGAAAUGAAUGAUUAUUUUAAGAAACCUAGUAAUAAAAUUAUUGCUAAAACUGUGGAGGAAUUAGCAUUUUACGGAUUAUGUGAGAAAACGCUUGUUCACAGGGUUCAGGUGGUGGAGAUUUUUCCCAAAGAAGAGGAAAAUUUGUUCUUUAAUGUCAAAAUAAAAUACAUAGAUGAAGGCAGAACAAGUCGAAUUCAGAACUAUCAUCUGCUUCACUUACCUGAAAGAUUUCUGUGUCUGCCACCUCAGGCUGUGGAAUUUGUAGUUUGUAGGGUGAAACCCAUUGAUAAUGAAAUUGAGUGGAACCCAAAGGUAACUUGUUAUAUUAAUCACAAAAUUAAAGGAAAGCUACAUGAAGCAAAAAUAAUACAUACCUUGGGAAAUAUAGCUUGGGUUGACCCAAUGGUCCGGGUUACCAGGCUUUCAGAUUUGAAGAUUUCUAUCAAUGAAUACAACGUUCGGUCCGAGAUUUUGUCGACGGGUCUGGGAACUGACAAUCCAGAUCAUGUAACUGAGCUUCAGAAGUUGUGCAGACACAUGGAAGUAUUAGAUCAUGCACAGAAUUUGAAACCACUAAGCAUAAAGGAGGGUACAGCUGGUCCAGAGAAUGUGUCCAGUCCACAGAAUAUGUCAAUACAAGAAAAUCCUUCUGAAAACUGUAGUUUCUCUGAAACGGCUUUUGGGAAUCAUCCACGUGAUGGUGUAGCUCAAACUAAGGAAGCAGAAGGCUCUACCCUGCAUCAACGUAAAUGCUUUUUUCCAGAAAUAAAAUGGUUUGAAGAUGAAGAGACUGUUACAAUGAAAGUAAAACUAGAAGGUGUAUCCAACUGUAAACAUGAGUUCUUUAAAGAGAGGGUGGUUUUCAGUGCUCGCUCAGGAGACAAAUUUUAUUUGGCUGACAUGGAGCUGUAUCAGCCUAUACUUGCAGAAAAGUCUACAUGUGUGAUUAAAGACAAAGAGACUACCAUUGUUCUUGCAAAAGAGAAAAAAGGAGCAUGGUGCAAAUUACUGAAGAACAAGAAUCGUCGUGUGUCUUUUGAUUUUGAACGUUGGGAAGAUACUGAAAACAAAAGCCCUUUUCCUGUUGGUACUAAAAAAUGUACUUACACUGCUGCAGGAACCAUGGAAUUGAGUGACUUCUCAGAAGACAGUGGAACAGAAAGUGAUGAGUAAUUUGGAGACAAAUCUUUCUUCUCUAAUAAUUGUGCUUCAAAGCAGUGUCUCCUGCAUGAACAUUUCCACUAAAAUUGG